AUGAACGCCCACCAUCGCAGCUUGUGUCCAAAGAAGUUCACCGUCCAACGGACAAUUUCAAAUAUGUCAACAGAUGUUAUAUCUGAUAAAGCAGCAGAAUCAGAUACAAUGACAAACUCAUUUCAUAUCAACUCCAGGAAAGGUAUAAUAGAAGAAGUCAAACCAAAUAAAUCAAACGGUACUGUGCAUUACCUAGCUCACCAUGGAGUCAUUACACCACAAAAAACAACAACCAAACUUCGGGUAGUAUACGAUGCAUCGGCAAAGACUUCAAAAGAAAAUAACUGUCUGAACGACUGCUUGUAUCGCGGUCCUGUUAUGGUUCAUGACUUAUGUGGAAUAUUGUUGAGAUUUCGAAAACAUCCGAUCGCAAUUGUAGCCGACAUCGAGAGGGCGUUCCUUCAAAUAGAACUUCAAAGAGAUCAACGUGAUGUUACAAGGUUCUUAUGGUUAAAAGAUAUUGACAAUCCAAUGACUAACGCAUGUAACAUACAAGAGUUUCGCUUUUGUCGGGUACCGUUUGGAGUUGUGUCAAGUCCUUUUCUUCUUGGUGCCACAAUUGAACAUCAUCUUGACACUUUUCAUAAUGAAAUAUCAAACAAAUAA